AGCCUGGCCUCAGACUGUAAAUCCAGAAACCUUAAGAACCUGAUUUUUAGACAGAUUGCUUGGGCCGUGUGCUGAAGAUGUUUCCAGAACAACAGAAAGAGGAAUUCGUAAGUGUCUGGGUUCGAGACCCUAGGAUUCAGAAGGAGGACUUUUGGCAUUCUUAUAUUGAUUAUGAGAUCUGUAUUCACACCAACAGCAUGUGCUUUACGAUGAAGACGUCCUGCGUACGAAGAAGAUACCGAGAAUUUGUGUGGCUGAGGCAGAGGCUCCAGAGCAACGCGUUGCUGGUACAACUGCCAGACCUUCCAUCGAAAAACCUCUUUUUCAACAUGAACAACCGCCAGCAUGUAGACCAGCGUCGUCAGGGUUUGGAAGAUUUCCUCCGAAAGGUCCUACAGAACACGCUCUUGCUCUCCGACAGCAGCCUGCACCUCUUCCUGCAGAGUCACCUGAAUUCGGAGGACAUCGAGGCGUGCGUUUCUGGCCAAACGAAGUACUCGGUGGAAGAAGCAAUUCACAAGUUUGCCUUGAUGAACAGACGCUUCCCCGAGGAAGCCGAAGAAAGGAAGCGCGCAAAUGACAUAGAUUAUGAUUCAGAAAGUUCAUCCUCUGGCUUUGGACACAGUAGUGAUGACAGCAGUGCACAUGGGUGUAAAACAAGCCCUGCUCCCCAGGAACCCUGAGUAAUAGCAAGCAACGUCCAGCCACAGGGAAGAAAGCUCGCUAAUAAUACAUCCUUACCUAACGCUCACUCUCCGGUGGGGACGGAUUUCAGUUCUUAAAGAUGCUGGUUUGUUGACGAGUGGUAUUUUUCUGUUGUCUUAUUUUGGUUAAACUGCUGUAAAAACUAAAAGCCUGUGGAUGCAAUAUCUAUCCUUUAGGGACAAAAAUUACCGGUUAGCAAGAUCUGACCCGAAAAUGACUUUUAUGUUUGUAAAAACCCAGUUGGCUUUCUUGACUUUUAAAAAAGAUUGAAAAAUGGGAAGAAAGACAGAAAGAAACCAUUUAAAAUCAAGAGAAAGGGCUUCUCAAUAGGGCAGUGUUACCAUAAACACAUUUGGUAAACGACGCCUGUGUUGAGCGUAAAGAGGGUACCAGGUAUACAAUGCACCGCCUCGCUCAGAUGUGUGGGUGAUACCUUGUAACUACCUGACCUGCACUGGAAAAACACUUUGCUUUUUUGUGGGUGUCUGGUGGAACUAUAGUGGAGAGUAUUUAACCUUUCUAGUAUUCUCAUUUCACACUUAGAUAAAAAUGUGUCUUCUGAAUUAGGGCCAUGUUAAAACACCGUUUACUUCUUCAAGAAAAAGGGAAUUUCACUGAUACUUGCAAAAUAGAGAUCCAGAAAUAGGUUUUCUUUGUCCAAAAUCAGCUUAAACAAAUGGUUGCUGGAAAUGAAUAAUUUGCCUUUCAUUAUCAUCAUGUAAUUAGAAUGACAUGUUUAAUGAUUUCUUUGCUGGCUAAAUGUGCCAUUUCUUGUCACUAGGGUAACUUUCAGUAUCAGUGCUGGCUAAUUGUUACUUCACUUUUAAGUCAGCAGAAAGAUCUUAACAAAAAUUAAUAUAUUUAAUUUUGCUAGUACUCUAGAAAAGACUGUUACUUUCUCAUUUCAGAACUCAUUAGCCUUUUUUAAAAAAAAAGUCCUUUCUUUUUAGGCAUCUACCUGAAGAUUGGUGUAAUUUUAACAAAAUGUCUUUUCCCCCUAGGUUCAAAGAUAAGAUGUCCUAGAUAAACUACUUUGAACUUUAAGUUUCAGAUGAAGUAGCAUUUUUCUGAGAUAAUUACCCAAGUUUCUUCCUUGUUGAAUGUUACAAACUAUCUUUGGGAAUCAGGAAGGCUGUCCCCUUCCUCUCCCCAAUACCUAGGAUAACUUGUUGCUUUAAUUAAAUGUUACCUGGCCUAAUUGGAGGAAAGUAGAGGCUGCUACAAAAUAUCACCUUUUCAUUGUAUUUUAACUAGGAGUUUCAAAGCUAUUCUGUUCUUUAAUCUUUGAAAUGCUUGUAAGAAACAUCAAGGGAAAAAAUAAAAAGAAGAAUGAUUUCCUCUUGUUUUCUUUGGUCUAAAACAUUAAACUUUUGUAAGUAUUUUGAUUUGAUGUAUUUUGGAUUUUGUAUCUGAGAGUCAUUAUUUGAAUACAGAGGGGGAGAAAGAUGUAGCAAUUUCAUAUCAUCUGGCUACUGUGUGAAUUUGCCAUCCAGGCUUUUAAAAGUGUCCCCCUGACUUAACAUUAUGCAUUUGAAGACCUGGUAUGUCUGUUUUACAGCAGUCUUGAAAAAGCAUGUACUGUGGUUCCCCUCUCCUCACAAUUGCCAUUUAUAAAUGAUGUAACAGAGCCAAUAAAAAUUAGUUUUACGUAAUACCUAAUACUUUGGAAUGUCAGCAUUACUAAAUCAUUGUCUUCACAUUAAAACAAACAAACAAAUCAA